UCCCCCCCCCCCCCCCCCCCCCAUCCACAUUCGUUGUCAGUCUCAUUCGUUUCCCUCCGUGGACUCUCCACUUAUCUAAUUCCAUCUUUCCUCUUUCUUCUUUUUUUAUUUCUCCUUUCCCCUUCCUCCUUCUGUCUCCGAGGCUCUCUCCAUCGCUCACCUCGUCUGCCCGUCGACGACUCGUAUCUCAGCCCGAUCCCGAUCUUCCUCCUUUUCGCCUGCAAGAGAUUUCUUACUACCGACAAAAUGGUUGAGGAUAAAAAGACCGAUGAUUAUACGAUUGAGAUGGACAAAAUAGACCAGGGGAACAAGAAUUUUGAGGCGGCCGCGCCGCCUCCCCAGCCGCGCAGUCCUCCAUCCAGCCAACUCGCCAGCAGUCCCGCUCUGCCCGUUCUGGCUUAUUGCGGAUCGUCUAUUUUGAUGACGGUUAUGAAUAAAUAUGUUCUUUCGGGCCUAGACUUCAACCUCAACUUCUUUCUGCUUCUUGUCCAGAGUCUGGUUUGUAUCCUCGCGAUUCAAACGUGCAAAUCUUGUGGCCUUAUCACCUACCGUGAUUUCAGUGCAGACGAAGCAAGGAAAUGGUUUCCGAUCUCUUUGCUGCUGAUUGGCAUGAUCUACACGGGCUCCAAGGCUCUCCAGUUCCUGUCCAUCCCGGUGUACACCAUCUUCAAGAACCUGACUAUCAUUCUCAUUGCAUACGGGGAGGUGCUCUGGUUUGGAGGUUCGGUCACCGGUCUCACCCUGUUCUCCUUUGGAUUGAUGGUCAUGAGCUCUAUAAUUGCCGCCUGGGCCGACAUUAAACAUGCGGUUGAGAACAACUCCGAUGCGACCGCCAAGGUUUCAACUCUGAAUUCUGGCUACAUUUGGAUGCUGAUCAACUGCCUCUGCACCUCGUCCUACGUGUUGGGAAUGCGCAAGAGAAUCAAGUUGACCAACUUCAAGGAUUUUGACACUAUGUUUUACAACAACCUGUUGUCGAUCCCCAUCCUUAUCGUGUCCACCGCGUUCUUGGAAGACUGGUCGUCAGCCAACAUUAACCGUAACUUCCCCGCCAUCGAUCGAAACUACAUUGUGUUUGCUAUGAUUCUGUCGGGGCUGUCGUCGGUGUUCAUCUCCUAUACCUCCGCCUGGUGUGUUCGCGUGACGUCCUCGACCACCUACUCCAUGGUGGGAGCCCUCAACAAACUCCCCAUUGCAAUCUCGGGCUUGAUCUUCUUCGAUGCCCCCGUGACUUUCCCCAGCGUGUCUGCCAUUGUCGUGGGCUUCGUCAGUGGCAUCGUCUACGCCGUGGCCAAAAUCAAGCAGAACGCCAAGCCAAAGACUGGCGUUCUGCCCAUGUCUAACCCCCCUGUCAGUGCGAGCAGCCAAAGCAUGAGGGACUCCCUUCGAUCCUAGGGGUAUUCGGCACUGGCUGUGUGUCUAGGCAGGGUGCCUGCUUGGUACUCUUUCGUCGUCGACCGAUUGCACCAGCCAGCACGCAGUCAAGAGUUUCCUGUAGACUCUAUUCACGACCGGCAUGUGCCAUACGGCUCACGUGCCAUGGCUUAUGUCCCAUCUGCAGUUAAAGUAAAUUUUGCGGAUUUUGAUUGAACAGUAAUAGCAUUGUGCUGGCCGGUGUUGGUGACUUUUGUGUACUUUACCUUUCGCCCUUCGACCAACCGUCCUUUUCUUUUCCGACAUUUCUUUUGGCCCAUUAUUCUCCCUUUCCUGGCCACAGGACCUCCGAUUUAGGCGCAAGGGACAUUGGGGUGGUGCUUGCAGGGCUUGGUCAUAGAGACAGGAAGGCUGGAACUUUUAUUUUAUUUCCCCCCGGGUAUCUGAGUCUGUAUAUAUUUGUUAUUUACAUCUUCCUAUUUUAAUACGGGUAUAGAAGACCUAUUUGAAC